CCACAAGGGGAAAAAGAAAGCUCAAGAAUAAGAAAAUACGGGAAAAAAAAGAGAGAACUCUUUUCAACAGAAGAGAAAGAGAAAGAAAGACUCUCAGAUAAAAAAGAAGGUACACAAAACAAAAAAAAUACCAAUACAAGACCAGGA